CACUUCUCCCAACUAUUCUACUGAGAGAGAAAGAGAGAAAAAACAAAAUAAACUUUCCAAUCCCCAGGUCGCAGUUUUCCUCACUCCCCCCCCUCCUCUACCUGCGGUACCUCAGUGGGUCGUCAAGAGUCAACCGCGACCCGAGUACCCGCUACACCAUAGAAAUCUUCUUCUCCUAUACGUUCUUCAAUUGUUGUUCUCUUCUUCUACUUCUUCUUCUUCUUCUAAACACAUUAGACACCGUAAAGCGUAUAGUAAUGUAACCGUGGCUAAUAAACCGUUUGCUAAAACUGAAUUUUUAUUUUAUUUCUCUUGUGUGGACGAAAAGUGUGCCGAAAUGGCGAAGGGACGUCGCGUUUUGGUGUUUUGGGGGUUGGUUUUGGUUUUGGUGCGGUGGUGUGCCGUAAGUGGGAACGGGAUGGAGAUAGACGGGUGUGCAGGGCAGGAGUCUUGCAUUAGGAUGUUACAGCCCGAGGAUGACGACUUGGCCGUCCUGGGCCUCCACUCCAUCCCAACCGAAACCAAACCGAAAGCGUUGAGCAUGAUCAUGCCAGAGGACGACCAGGAUGUACAUACGGAUUUCCGACCUACACCUCUACCCCCGUUGAACAGUUCCUCACCUCAUCCCUCAGAAGAACCGAUAAGAGGACGAGCCUUGAAUUUUACUUUGGAAGAAGCCCACCCGACCAAUAAACUAUUGACUAACUCAUCCGCUCAUGAUGAGUUCGACCUCAGUGACGUCACUAUACACGACGACGAAGAGGGAAUGAUGCCCGAACAGGAGGAGGCUUUCAGUUCGAAAAUUCUGGUUCCCAACAGGAAGGAACAAAAGGCGGGAUUGAAUGUCACUACUUCGCUUGGUGUAUGUGAAAAGGGAGGAUUAACGUACGAAAACGGUGAAAAACUGGAGGUGGGCUGCGACUCCGUUUGCACCUGUAAAAUGGGCAAAAUGGUGUGCGAGGACCGUUGCACAGGACCAUUUUUUAGAAAAGGAAAGAAGAUCGACGAUCCGCUUUGUAACGAGAAAGAGACCGAGGAUCCUUGUUGUGCCAUUAUGGUUUGUGCAGGAGAUACCGAAACAGAACCUCUGGAAAUGUGCUCUUAUGGUAAUAAAACUUAUAAUAGAGGCGAUACUUUCCAUAAGGGAUGCGAUGAGGUGUGUAUCUGUGAAAUUGCUGGCAAAGUAUCGUGUAAACCCAGGUGUCCCCAAAUCAAAAAAACCCCCGAAUGUUUCGAAAUCUCCGACCCGAACGACGAAUGUUGCAAGAAAGUGUUGUGCGACGUCACCUUGGACGACCAUCAGGACCACGAAAAAGACGAACCCUCCAAUGCGACCCAACCAAAACCCCUGCAGAACCUCCAUAAAGUUUUAUCAGCUGUCCAACCGAAUUCCACCGUGAUCAUAUUGGAAAUCGAGCCGAAAUAUGAGGAGGAAGACGUGAAUCUACCUGUCGUAGAGGUGAGCAACGACAAAUCGGAAUGGAACUAUUAUCAACUGUUUCCUAGAGGUGAAUUAUACGUUAAGGAGCAUUAUAAAUAUGUGAGGUUAGAGGGAACAGAUGACAUUAUAGAGGUGAAACCAGUGAGUGAAAAAAAUCGUGUGAGUAAGGAGGUGACCAAGCAGAAAGCGGCCGAUAAGUGUCAGUUUAAAGGGAAAAGUUUCAAAGAGGGUGAGGAGUUUAACGACGACUGUCAGUCCUUGUGCGUGUGUAAAAAUGGCGAAAUGCGCUGCUUGAAGUUGGAGUGUCCCACUUAUUUUGGUGUUGACGUUUUGGAUCCUUCAUGCGUCGAAUGGGAAACGAUCCCGCCGAACUUCAAACCGUCCGCACCAAAUUGCUGUCCAGACCAAGUAAGAUGCAAAAAUAACGGCUCAUGUACCUACAAGGGAAACUCCUUUAAAAACUGGGAACAGUUGCCUAUUAACGUUACCGGAUGCGAAAAACGAUGUUAUUGCGAAAUGGGACACGUGGAGUGUCAAAAUACUUGUCCACCCGUUCCAGCUUUACCACCGGCCAACCUUGGAUGUCCCCCCAACUUAGCUGCCCUAAAACCCUCUCCAGAUGAUGAUUGUUGCAUGUUCUGGACUUGUAAUGAGUCGAAUAAGGAACAAGCCAACGUGACCAAACCAGACCCUCAAAGGUACAAAAACAAGACGCAACAGACCUUUGGACCGGCAUUUCUGGAUCGCCAGCCCAGCAAGGUGUUGGGACCCCUUGCUGUCUACGAAAACGAGGAUCUUAAUAACGUGGAUCCCUUAGAUAAGCCCCGUCUUAAACCGGAAGAGAACCCUUUCGUUAAAACGCAUUUGGAUGAUCAACACGAGAUCGCCAUUCACGGCCACGGGGGUCCGGAUGAUUUACUACAAUUCUUACACCAGCAUCCGGAGAUUCACGGGCUUCCUUCCGGUUCUGUUGUGGAAGUCCAUAAAGUGGAUCCCAGUAAGGCGAACCAGUUUUUGCAAAUUAACGAUAUCAAUGGGGCGCUGCACGGUAACGAGAAACCACCCGGGGUGCCUUUGGUAAAACGUCCCGGUCAUAGGGAGGACAUUUCUCUGGAGGAGAUCCUGCAGGAGUUGCAUAAGAAUGUUAAUCCUAACGGGCAACAGGGGGGGCCGCUUGUACCUUUUCCCCAUAACCCACCGACGUUUGGGGGACAACAGACUGUGGACUUGACUCAGACUGGCAAUAAGACUAAUAGUAACAACGCGUUUAACAAUCAUUACCCGGACGACUUUGGCUUCAGUCAACCGCGAGACGACAUAUCCGUUCAUGCCUUGGAAGCCAUCGAUCCCCACACCAUCAGGUUGGCCUUCAUGGUACCACCGGUGAUCGUUGGGUUACACGGAAGGGUCGAAGUCAGAUACACCUUUAAGGAUACAAACGAUUUCAACUCUUGGGACCUCCAAGUGUUCGCACCACCAAACGAUUUGAUCGCCACGCCGUCUCUCGAGUUCGAUUUGCUCGACUUGGUGCCUGAUAAGGAGUAUAAAAUUAAAAUCACCAUAACGUUGAGGGACCUGCAUAACACGCCUUCCUCCAGGGUGUAUAAGAUAAGAACACCACCAGACACUCAAAGUACCACCUUGCCACCUCAGAUACCAAUUGAACCUGAUAUGGAGAUCUCUGAUAUUAAUUCCACGUGGGUGUCAGUGAUGUGGCGGAAGUUUACUGAAUACGAAUCGCAAUUUAUUGAUGGUGUCCAGCUGAGGUAUCGAGAGAUUGACGGGAAAAUUUAUACGGCAACACCAUUGAUCCAUAGGGCAGUCAACUCGUACAUUAUUGAAGGCCUUAAGCCGAAUACGAAGUACGAGCUUGGGAUAUUCUUUAUACCGUUUCCAGGCCAACAUACUGAGCUGAAAGCUGAACAUAUGCUGCAACUGACUACGGCCAAUCUAGUGGACACGUACGAUUUUAAUGUGGUUUUGGAGAUUUCUCAUAUUAAGUCUACUAGUGUCGAGAUAUCUUGGAACGGAGUGCCUUAUCCCGAGGAUAAAUAUGUUAAUAUUUAUCGAGCAAUAUACCAAAGUGACUCCGGUAAAGAAGACUUGAGCACCUUCAAAAUAGCAAAACGCGACUCGCCCACUAAAACGAUCAUAACCGACCUGAAACCUGGAACCAGAUACAGACUGUGGCUGGAGAUUUAUUUAACAAAUGGCAAAAUUCGGACCAGUAACGUGCAGGAUUUCAUUACGAAACCGAGGGCCGCGCCCCCUCUGGGCUCAUCUUCACAAGAUAAAAUCUCCAGAGCGUCAGAGUUCGCGGAUAGCAGAGGAGACUAUUACGGUCCCUUAGUAAUAGUGGCGAUCCUGGCCGCCAUCGCUAUCCUCAGCACAUUAAUUCUGCUUCUGAUAUUAGUGAGGAGGCACAACCAGAAUAAGGCCUCAAUAACACCUCCUUCCACCAGAAUUAGUCAGUCUGCGUACGAUAAUCCCACGUAUAAAGUGGAAAUUCAGCAAGAAACGAUGGGUCUGUGAGACGUUAUUGACUAAAACCUUGUACAUAUAUACAUAAGAUUUAGCCAUAAGAUUACUUCUAAGUACCUUAUAAUGUUUAACAAACAGUAUUUGUAACAUACAUCAGAGAUUUUUUUAUUUAUAGGGUGGUCCAUUUAAUUUAGAGACAGAUUAUUAUAUAUAAUAUUAAAAUAUUUCUCCUUGUUAUGUUGCCAAGAAAAUAAUGCCUUACCCAAAACCCAGAACAACGUUUUUGCCCCCCGCGACUUUCCAAUACUUAAUAUAUAAAAAAAUUAUUAAGAUAUUCCAGGUUGCUCUUAACUUAAAUGGACCAUCCUGUAUACGCAUAUAUAUAUAACAAUAAUAAAAUUUAUUUAUUUUGUCUAAA